GUUGAGGCGUACAUGGCGGGGUUUGGUGGGGUCAAACCAGAUCUUGACCGGCCGACGCUUGGAAAACCAACAUAGAUCUCCCAAUGUAUGCACCAAGCAGGAUGUAUAGCACAAAAUUCCAACAGUAUAUACACAACAAUGUUGCGGAUGAUUUGAGGUGGUGAGACCCAACAAAGAAAACAUAAGCACAGUUGCAUCACAGUGGAUUAGAUCAAGGCAAUGUUCGUUCAUGUAUUCUAUUCAUUUCAUUUCAUUUCAUCCUCAGACUGCCUCUUGUUUCAUAGGUCUCAUGUCCGAUUCCUCAACUACAACGUCCGCCAAGUACGACUUCUCGCACUAUAUACAGCAUCGCCUGUCCGUACCCACCAUCUCAUCAUUCCCCUCCGAUCUAGACCUUCUUGCUAGUAACCUCCUCAGCAUGCUUCUCGAGAGUGUGCGUGGGGUUGCUGCUCAGGCUGUCCUUGGUGUUGUCGCUAGCCUUCUCAGCGCCCUCCUUGGGUCCUGCGCCUUGGCUGUUGACGUUGUCGGAGGUCUGACCGGCUUGCGCUCCGGAUUGGCGCUCGGGCUCGGGAGACUGACGGCCGGCGUUGGGGGCGGACAUGGUUGUGGUUUGGGGGUUGUGUGGGGUGUGAGGUUUGGUUGCUUUGAUAUGUUAGAUGUGUGUUGAAUGUGUAGGAGUGAAUGGGUAGGUAAGGGGGUAGGUGAGUGCUCGCUCGCCGUCGUGACGCUCGCAACGCCAACUCCCUCUCCCAUCAUCCGCAUAGGUACAACGUACAGGUUUGUAGGUUUGUUUGUGGUCUGCCCUUCAAUUAGCCAACGCUCCUUAACACCCCUCUCAAUCC